UCACCAACAUCCGUGGAUUCCUCUCGAACCGGCUGAACAGCGUUUCCAUCCCCGACACAGGAUGGAAAGAUUCCAUUCUGCAGUUGCCAAAGAAAUGGCUCUCGACCGCCGAGGCUACGGACGAGUUUGGAUUCCCCCAGAUGCUGCCCAAGGUACCCUUGCCCACGCUGGAGCAGACGACGACGGAGUAUCUUCGGAUCCUGCAGCCGAUCGUAACUCCGCAGCAGCUCGAGCGCACCCGGGCGAUCAUUAGACAGUUCAGCGCAACCAUCGGACCGGCACUGCAGGACCAUCUGCAGCAGAAGCGGGACGCCGAGGACAACUGGGCGUACCACUACUGGCUGAACGACAUGUACAUGGACAAUCCGCUGCCACUGCCGAUCAACUCCAACCCGGGCAUGGUGAUGCCACCGCGCCGGUUCACCACCGUGCACGAUCUGGCCCAGUUCGCAGCCCAGCUCAUCGAUCAGCUGAUGGACCACAAGGAGAUGCUGGAAAGCGGUGCGUUAAAGCAGGAGCGAGCGACAUCGCGCGAGAAGGGACAACCGCUGUGUAUGGCGCAGUACUAUCGGCUCCUUGGGUCGUGUCGACGUCCGGGAGAUCCCCGCGAUAGCCAGUACCUGCCGCCGUCCGGUGAGCAGCCUGAUGCACAUGUGAUCGUUUGCUGCCGGAAGCACAUGUACUGCCUACCAGUAAAGGCGGGUGAUCGUGGACGGCUGAACGAACAAGAGCUGACGGCGCAGUUGCUGCACGUGCUCAACGAGGCGCCUUGUUUGCCGGAGUUAGAUUCGUCCGUGGGCAUCCUGACGACCGAACCACGUCCCCAAUGGGCUGCCGACCGCGAGAUGCUUCUGAUGGACGAGUCCAACGCACGUAACAUCGAGCUGAUCGAGACGGCCCUGGUGGUAGUCUGCGUCGACGAGCCACUCCCGCUGACGUACAACGCGCGCGGCUUCAACGGAUCGCCGGCCGGGGCACACUACGCCGGCGGGCGCGACGAAAGCAACAUGGCACACGAGAUGGUACAUGGUGGGGGCAGCGGGUGCAACACUGCCAACCGCUGGUUCGAUAAGACAAUGCAGCUGAUCAUCUGCAGCGAUGGUACCUGGGGCUUAUGCUACGAACACUCGCCCUCGGAGGGUAUCGCCGUGGUUCAGCUGCUCGAGGGUAUCCUGAAGAAGAUCGACGAAGGACCGGCAGCACGGGACGGAGCUGAGGAGCAGCUGGCGAUGCCGCAAUCGUCCCAUCUGCCUCCACCGGAGCGGUUGGAGUGGGUUGUGCGGCCAGAGAUUGAGAUGCGUCUGCGGGAGGCGGCUCGAUCCAUCGACAGACGCAUCGAGGAUCUCGAUUUCUACGUGUAUCGCUACAAACCGUACGGAAAGAACUUCAUCAAGGCCUGCCAGGUCAGUCCGGAUGUGUUCAUCCAAUUGGCCCUUCAGCUGGCGUACUACAAGCUGUACGGUCACCUGGUGAGCACGUACGAAAGUGCAUCCACGAGGCGUUUCCUGCUCGGGCGCGUCGACUGCAUCCGGUCGGCCAGCAUGGAGGCACUCGAGUGGGCCAAAGCGAUGUGCCAGGGCGAGGGUCCCAACGUGACGCUCGAGAGCGACAAGGAGGACGACUACAGCGCCGAGGCCGCCGGAGUGGACGUUAAAAAAGUAACUUUCAGUAUUUACAGUAGGGACCACCUGCGGGAGCUGUUCCGGUGUGCCGCCGCCCGCCAGACGGAGGUGAUGGUACAGAACAUUCUCGGCUACGGGAUCGACAUACAUCUGCUCGGGCUGCGGGAAGCGUGCCGCGAACGGGAAGGCACCAUGCACGAGCUGUUCACCGACGAGUGCUAUAAAAUUGCUAACUGUUUCCUUCUUUCCACCAGCCAGGUGGCCUGCACGACGAACAGCUUCAUGGGCUACGGUCCGGUGACGCCGCACGGCUACGGAGCGUCGUACAAUCCGCACCCGAACGAGAUCAUCUUCUGCAUAUCGGCCUUCUUCACGUCGGACAAGACGAGCGCGUCCCGGUUUGCCCGCUCGCUGCAGGAUUCACUCGAUGCCAUGCGGGACUUGCUGUCCUAAAUGCUUUCUCCUCUUUUUCACAGGAACCAACAAAUUAAAGAAUCUGCACAUCCAGCACGGCAAGAAGAGGCACACUCUAUAAUCUUUUUCUUUUUAUCUCCGGUGGCCUUAAACGAAAGAGAACAAGCGUACGCAAAACCAACAAGCUUAAAAAUGGUUCAACAAAUCAGAAAAUAAUUCUUAGCAUGUCUUG